UAUUUUUGGUUCCAUUCCUCAAUAUAUUCAUUCAUUCCUAGCUACUAGUCAGAAUUCAUCAACUAUUCUCAUCCUUCUAACUCUAACCCAAUUCACACACACCUCUUCUUGAUCUCUUAUUACUUAAAAAUAUGAUAUGAAACCAUCUUCUCCACACCUUUCUAGAUCCAACACAAUCAUUCAAUCCUCUUUGCUUCACUUUUCAACAUGACAUACAAAUACACUCCUUCCUUCCUUGUUCUAUUAUGGUUAUAGCUUGUCCCUCACCUAAUCUUCUUCACAAUUCACAUCACACACCCAAUUCUCUCAUCCCUCUUAUCUAUUCCAAAUUUUCAUUAUCUUACAAUUUAAUCACAUAUCAUUCUUGAUUAUCAUCAUAUCAUAUAUAUGCAACCAAUAACCAUGAAAAUUUUCAGCCCUUCCAAUUCCUUCCUUAGGAAUGUUGUGUGUCCAUCCGACACCAUAUUCCUCAAAAUCCACAAAACAAUUAGACUUAUAUAGUUUAAAAUCUUCCUCCUCCUUUUCCCUAGUAUUUUUUUUCUUGAAGAAAAAAAAAAUUCUUCUUCCUACCUUUUCCUCUUUCUAUGGAUCAACAAAACAAAAAAAGUUUCCAAAACCCAAGAAACGUAAUAUUCAACAAAUAUGAGAUGGGUAAAGUCUUGGGUCAAGGAAACUUUGCAAAGGUUUACCAUUGUAAAAACCUUUCAGAAAAUGAGAGUGUAGCCAUCAAGGUGAUAAAGAAAGAGAGGUUGAAAAAAGAGAGGUUGGUGAAGCAAAUCAAGCGCGAAGUUUCAGUGAUGCGUCUCGUUCGCCAUCCUCAUAUCGUUGAACUCAAAGAAGUUAUGGCAACAAAGGGAAAAAUCUUUCUUGUAGUGGAAUAUGUAAAAGGAGGUGAACUCUUCAACAAGGUAGCAAAAGGAAAAUUGAAUGAAGAUGUUGCUAGAAAGUACUUUCAACAACUCAUUAGUGCUGUUGAUUUUUGCCAUAGUCGUGGUGUCACACAUCGCGAUUUGAAACCAGAAAAUCUACUCUUGGAUGAAAACGAAGACCUCAAGGUCUCCGAUUUUGGACUCUCAGCGUUGCCAGAACAACGCCGAGAGGAUGGGAUGCUUUUAACUCCAUGUGGAACCCCUGCUUACGUGGCACCUGAGGUUUUGAAGAAGAAAGGUUACGAUGGUUCUAAAGCUGACUUAUGGUCUUGUGGGGUAAUUCUCUAUGCUUUACUUUGUGGAUAUCUUCCUUUUCAAGGUGAGAAUGUUAUGAGAAUUUAUAGAAAGACUUUUAAAGGCGAAUAUGAGUUUCCUGAAUGGAUUUCUCCACAUGCUAAGAUGUUGAUUUCGAAUCUUCUUGUUCCUGAUCCUAAAAAGAGGUAUUCAAUUGUUGAUAUUAUGAAUCAUCCUUGGUUUCGAGUUGGGUUUGUUAGACCCAUUGCAUUUUCAAUGAAGGAUUUGAGUAUUGAAGACAACAACAAAGAUAUCAAUAUUGAUUUCAGUGAGAUUGGUGAAGAUGAUGUUGAUAUUCCUGAAUUGGUAAUGGUGAAACCGUCUCGUCCUUUUUAUAAUGCAUUCGAGAUAAUUUCAUCGUUGUCACAUGGUUUUGAUCUUAGGAGUUUAUUUGAGACGAGGAAGAGGUUGCCAUCGAUGUUUAUAUCAAAGUUUUCGGCUUCAACAAUGUUGGAGAAACUUGAGGUGAUGGGGAAGAAGUUAAAUUUGAAGAUAACAGGGAAGAAGGAGUUUGUCGUGAGAAUGGAGGGCGCAAGGGAGGGGAGAAAGGGAAAGGUAGCGAUGACAAUGGAGGUAUUUGAGGUGGCGCCGGAGGUGGCAGUGGUUGAGUUUUCUAAGUGUGGUGGAGACACAUUGGAGUAUGUUAAGAUGUGUGAGGAACAAUUGAGACCUUCACUCAAAGAUAUUGUUUGGAGUUGGCAAGGUGACAAUCAUAAUGAUAAUAAUCCUCAAUAGUAACAAUUAGUAUAGUUUGAAAGUUGGUUGUCUAUGUAGUCGACAAUUCGAUAAUCGUCUGAUCUUAAUCGAAUAAUUCAAAUUUCUAAUAAUUUUUUUUAUAUUUGAUGUAUCCAAGUACAAGUAUGAGCUAUCCUAUCAUUAGUAGUUGGUACCCUUUGCUAUUGCUUGAAUGUAGGCAAUAUCUACUUUGAUUCAUACUACUAUGUAAACUUGGUGUUUGUAAUAUGAAUUGUUUGAAGCAUUCGAAUAAUUGUUAUAAUAAAUUAGGAAAAUUUUAAGGUGAA